GCGUGAUAAACUAUCUCAUUGUUAUAAAAGUUCACGAGAAAAUCACACCUCUAUUUUCGUAAAAUUCCACUAUUCAUUCUUUUGUAUUUUUGCUUUUUUCCGGCAAAUAAAAAGGAGCGGGAGGGAGCCUGCUUCUUCCUUUUCCUGGUGUUUUGGCCUUUUGUUCGUGUUUCAAAACUAAUCACUAAUCACCAAGUUGGAGUGUUGGGAAGGACUGGAGCUGCUGCUGCUGGACCUUUUUUCCGACUCUCGGAGACUCUUAUCAUCGUUGUUUCUCGUGAUUUUCAGCAUUAGGUAUCCAUCCACUUCAACUGUGCUUUGUUUUUCAAGCAUUGACAACUGCAGACUUGUUGAACAAUGUGGAGCAGCUCACAGUUUCUAGGUUGUUGCUUUAUUUGUUGUGGAUAUAGAAUUAGAAGAUCAUGAGUAAAAUGGGAACUCUUGGACGCAGUGGGAUUAUAAGAAAACCAAAUGAGAGUAUGAGGCUUAUUAUCACAACUUUUGUUGGGGUUGUUUUUGGAUUCUUGAUAGGAGUAUCCUUUCCGACAAUAUCAUUAACUAGGCUGAACUUGCCAUCCAGCAUUCUCCCUUCCAUUGAUCUUAGUUACUUUGACGAUAAGAAUUCUGGGCUUUCAACUCAAACAUCAUUUCAGCAUGACUGGACUUCUGUAAGUAGUAACAGAAGCGGCUCAUCUCAAGCUCAAAACUUAAGUGAUACAUCCAAGAUAUGGGUUCCAACAAAUCCUCGAGGCGCAGAAAGACUGCCCCCAGGAAUUGUUGCUUCUGAGUCAGAUUUCUAUCUCCGAAGGUUAUGGGGGAAACCUAGUGAGGACCUAACCAUCAGACAGAAGUAUCUUGUAACCUUUACUGUUGGUUACGAACAAAAGAAUAAUAUUGAUGCAGCAGUUAAAAAGUUUUCAGAUAACUUCACCAUCCUGCUGUUCCACUACGAUGGCCGGACUAGUGAGUGGGAAGAAUUUGAGUGGUCAAGGCGUGCUAUCCAUGUUAGUGCAAGGAAGCAAACUAAAUGGUGGUAUGCAAAACGGUUUUUGCACCCUGAUAUUGUGGCACCAUAUGACUACAUAUUUAUCUGGGAUGAAGACCUAGGAGUUGAGCAUUUUGAUGCAGAAGAAUAUAUAAAACUGGUGAGGAAGCAUGGCUUGGAGAUUUCACAGCCUGGUUUAGAGCCAAACAAAGGGUUAACAUGGCAGAUGACAAAGAGGAGGGGUGAUCGUGAAGUUCAUAAAGAAACGGAAGAGAAGCCAGGCUGGUGCACAAACCCCCAUUUGCCACCAUGUGCAGCAUUUGUUGAAAUCAUGGCAACUGUGUUUUCUCGAGAUGCUUGGCGUUGUGUCUGGCAUAUGAUACAGAAUGACUUGGUACAUGGAUGGGGGCUUGAUUUUGCUUUGAGGAGAUGUGUAGAGCCUGCUCAUGAGAAAAUAGGAGUGGUAGACGCUCAGUGGAUUGUUCAUCAGACUGUUCCCUCACUUGGGAAUCAGGGGCAAGCACAGAAUGGGAAAGCACCAUGGGAAGGGGUGAGGGAAAGAUGUAGAAAAGAGUGGACAAUGUUUCAGGGCCGGAUGGCGAAUGCAGAGAAGGCAUAUUACAAAGAAAUGGGAAUUGAUCCUCCCAAUUCAACAACCCGAUAGGUGAGUAGUAAUGAGAGUGACAGAAGACAACCCGUAAAUGAUAGUGAAAGGAAGAUAUAAGCCAAAUGAAGGCCAGAGGAAGACAUAAGCUGAGGGUGUACAGCUCCAAGUACCAUUAUGCAUUCUGCUUAGGAUUUUACUGAUUCAGGAGGAAGAGAAAGGAACCCCCUACCAUAUUUGUUUAGAGUAGGCUUCUAUUAAUAAUAUAUAAUUUUUUAUUUCAUAUCCAGAAGAGUUUAUUCCUGUGGUGUUCGAAAUUGGAAUUCUUACUGCUGGUGCAACGAAUUAAUUCAGUUGCAUACAAGCAAUGAUGAAUGAAAUAGAUCCUUUUAUCUCCCAGUUCCAAUCCAUUUUUAUGGGUUACUGGGGGGAGGGCUA